AGAGAAGCAUGCCUAUCACAAAAAGCAUUCCAACCCAAAAAAAAAAAAAAAAAUAUUGAAAGAAAAAAAAACUUUGAAGACGCAAAUUAAAAGUUGGUAAAAAGAGACUGAUUGGAAAUGUAGGCAGCUAUUUAAAUAUGCAGAGACCACAAGUUGAACUUACCAGAAUUCGAAUUGUAAACUGAGAUAAUAAAUCAUUAGCCAGCCAUGAAAAGUAUUGUGGAGAAUGAUCAGAGCAACAUGAAAGGAGGAGUACUAGUAUCCAGUAAUAGUCAUGAACACCACCAUCACCAAGAAGAAGAUAACAAGAAGAAGAAGAAAAUGAAACUAGUGAUUCUAAUAGUGAAUUGCAUAUUCUUAUCGGUAGCACAAAUAACAGGUCCAUUGCUGCUAAGGGUUUACUACUUACAUGGUGGUCAAAGAAAAUGGUUAUCAAGUUGGUUGCAAACUGUAGCUUUUCCAUUUCUUCUCAUACCUAUCUCCGUUUCAUGGUUUAAAUCGAAAUCAAAAUCUCAUGAUUCUCGAUCAAUAUCAGCAAUUGAUGUAAACCCGACGACUGACCGGAAGCUAAGAUUUGGUGGUUUCAGUCCUAAACUUUUCAUAUCAUGUAUUUUCUUGGGGAUUAUAGUUGGUUUAGACAGUUUUCUAUAUGCUUAUGGUGUAAGCUAUCUCCCUGUUUCAACUUCUUCACUGUUGAUGUCUACUCAACUAGCUUUUACUGCUGCAUUUGCUCUACUUCUUGUUAGGCAGAAGUUUACUCCGUAUUCGAUUAAUUCGGUUGUGUUGUUAACUCUUGGUGCUGUUGUUUUGGCUUUCCAUACUAAUGGUGAUAAACCUAUUGGUGUCUCGAAGGAUCAAUACUUCUUGGGGUUCUUUGUAACUCUUGGUGCAGCUGCACUAUUUGGGUUUAUGUUGCCUUUUAUCGAGUUAGUGUACAGGAAAGCAUGCGAAGCUGUAACAUAUGAUCUGGUGAUGCGGAUGCAGUUUAUAAUUUCAAUGGUUGCAACAGUUUUUUGCACCAUUGCCAUGUUAAUCAACAAGGACUUUCAGGCUAUUAGCAGAGAAGCAAAGGGUUUUGAACUUGGAGAAACAAAGUAUUACAUAGUAUUAAUAUUUACAGCCGUAUCGAUGCAAUGUGCCGUAGUGGGAACUUUGGGUGUAAUACAUUGUGCAUCAUCUUUAUUCAGUGGAGUUCUUAUGACACUACUCCUUCCAAUUCAACAAAUCUGUGCAAUAUUUUUCUUUAAUGAGAAAUUCAGUGCAGAAAAAGGAAUGUCAUUAGGUCUAUCUAUAUGGGGUUUUGCUUCUUAUUUCUAUGGCGAAUAUAAGCAAACAAAAAAGAAGACGAAUCAGCACAAGGCAGUACCGAUUAACAGCCAAGAAAUCCCUGAUGAAGUUUGAAAAUUCUUGUUCCUGGGAGAAACUUACUAUAUGUAAUUCCCUCCUGCGAUAACAAGUUUGGCUUCUUUGUAGUUUCAAUAUUGAAUCGGAUGGUCAAUUAAGUCAACGUGAAGUCACUUACAUGAACAUUGUACAAUUUUGCAAUUCCCGAUCGAUCUCUAAAUUUAUACCAAAAACUUGGUUGCGAAAAAACCUAAAUCCCCCUAUAUCAAAUUACUGCAAGUUUAGCUUGAGAAGGGAGGUCUUCGUCCCGCUCUAACUCCGAACUCUGCUUCUUCAGAUGAAAUCCCAUAAUAUAACAUUCCUUCCAUCCUCUUU